AAAAGCCCCCUGGGGCGGGCGGGAAGGAGGGAGGGCAAGGGACGGGGAGCGGGCGGCACUUCCACCAUGGCCCAGUCUGUGUGGGGCUACGACAGCGACAACGGACCCGAGCGGUGGCAUGAAAACUACCCCCUGGCCAAGGGAGACAAGCAGUCCCCCAUCGAGAUCAACAGCAAAGACGUGCAGCACGACUCAUCUCUCGCCCCCUGGCACGCCAGUUAUGAUCCCGGGGCAGCAAAAACCAUCCUGAACAACGGACGCACCUGCCGGGUUGUGUUCGACGACACUUUUGAUCGAUCAGUGCUGAGAGGGGGGCCGCUCACGGGCACCUACAGGCUGCGGCAGCUGCACUUGCACUGGGGUUCCUCCGAUGACCAUGGCUCUGAGCACGUCAUAGACGGGGUGAAGUAUGCAGCUGAGUUACAUAUGGUGCACUGGAAUCCAAAACAUGGUAAUUUUGCUGGAGCUUUGAAACAACCUGAUGGUGUGGCCGUUGUGGGCAUUUUUCUGAAAGUCGGAAAAACUCCCAAACCAGAGAUGAAGAGAAUUCUUGAAGAAAUUGAUAACAUUAAGACUAAGGGGAAGGAAGCUCCUUUUCAGCACUUUGACCCUUCAAUUCUUUUCCCCAAAUCUCGGGACUACUGGACCUACCAUGGUUCCUUCACAACACCCCCCUGUGAGGAGUGCAUCACCUGGAUUCUUCUGAGGGAGCCUAUUGAAGUCAGCUCAGACCAGAUGGCAAAGCUCCGUAGCCUUUCCAAGAACGGUGAGAACGAACCUGUGAACCCACUGGUUGAUAACUGGCGCCCACCUCAGCCUGUGAAGGGCAGGGUAGUGAAAGCCUCGUUCAAGUGAAGUCUCAAGUCUCGCUCUGCUGAACCCGAGUGAGAAAGUCCCUGCAUCCCAAAGUGUAGUUAGUUUUUGCUGUCUACUGCUUUUCCUCUGGAACCAGAUCUGUGUUUCUCAGCUUGAAAUUCUGAGUGGUAAAACUGAAUCUGAUUUUGAAAGCAGAAAAAAUACUGUAUGCAAAUACUAACCUUAAUAAGGGAACGUGAGAUAUACGUGACUUUUGACCACAAAUGCCUCAGCAUUUGUGAUAGUGUCACUUCUCUGCCAUGUGGUCUUGGAAGAAAAAUGGGCUCAGUUUCAAUAUUUAAAAUUAAUUUCAAAAGAAAUGUAGUAAAGGCAGAAAAAUGAAGCAAUAGUUCAGGAAAGCAGAAAUAACAGUGGGUCAAGAGUACAUGAACAGGAGGUAAAACACCCACCCCUGCAGCAUCUCUAAUAGUGAUCUUCCUCAGAUAUCCCACCUCCAGUGCAAACACCCAAAGAAUAAGUUCCUCUUUAACAUGCCAGGUUUUUACUUCCCUUUCUUGUUCAGAGUUUGUUACCCCAGGUUAGAUUAGUAUUCUGGGGAUACCAUCAAGCAUACUCAGCUUCUGUAUGUGAAGAAAAGAUCCCUUACUGUUAUUUUGUUGCUAUGUCCUGCUGCUGCCCAUCGAUCUUUUCUUCUCUCACUGCCGCUGUUACUUCGCCCAUCCACCCACAGAGUGCUGCUGCUUUCAUAUUGCCUUGUACUUUGUGUAUCAGCUUUAUGACUGCUGAGGGGGAAGUACCUUUCUUCUGCUGCUCUGUUACCUCCUAGGAUGAUGAAUUUUUAAUUUUGAUGCUCUGCCUCUUUUUUUUUACUUUUGACACCUUAGACUGCGUUUUAAUGAUUUCAUCCAUUAGGGACUUUGUUGCAUAUGGAGAGGGUCUUUGUACAUGACUCAUGAUUUAUUUGUCUUCCCCAAUACCGAAAAAGCCAGGUUAAGUCACCUGAGUGUUUGUUUAUCAUGACUCUGUGUAAUUAGAGACUCUAAAUGGAGUCUGUUCAGCUCUGUUACUUUCUGGUGAGACACAUCAGCUCAUACAUAUGACUCAAGUAAGGAAUCCCUGGCAGAUACUAACACCUCAGUCAUCAUCAUUGGUGGAUGACAGAUUUGACAUGAGUUGGCAAUGUGUAUUUGCAGCCCAGAAGGCCAAUUGUAUCUUCGGCUGCAUCAAAAGGAGUGUGGCCAAGAGGCUGAGGGAGGUGAUUCUGCCCCUCUGCUCCAGUCUCGUGAGAGCCCACCUGGAGUCCUGUGUCCAGCUCUGGAACCCUCAGUACAGGAAAGACAUGGACCUGUUGGAGGGGGGCCAGAAGAGACCACCAAGGUGAUCAGAGCGCUGGAACACCUCUGCUAUGAGGCCGGGCUGAGAGAGUUGGGGUUGUUCAGCCUGGAGAAGCGAACGUUCUGAGGAGACCUUAUUGUGGCCUGUCAGUACUUAAAAGGGGCCUCUAAGAAAGAUGGGGACAGACUUUUCAGCAUGGCCUGCUGCAAUAGGAGAAGGGUUAAUGGUUUUAAACUAAAGGAGGGGAAAUUCAGGCUAGGUGUGAGGAAGAAAUUUUUUACACUGAGGGUGGUGAAACACUGGCACAGGUUGCCCAUAGAGGUGGUGGAUGCCCCAUCCCUGGAGAUGUUUAAGGCCAGGCUGGAUGGGGCUCUGAGCAACCUGAUCUAGUUGAAAAUGCCUCUGCUUAUUGCAAGACUGUUAGACUAGAUGAGCUUUGAAGGUCCCUUCCAACCCAAACUAUUCUAUGAUCUUCCCACGUCAUUCAUCAAGUACCAUCUAGUCUGAACCCACAUGCAGAGCAUGUGAGUGAAGAUCUGCUAUGUUAUAUUCCCCAUCAGGGUGAUUGUUCAGUAUUGUACAUACAGAAGACUGGAUGGUCACAGGUGUUGCUCAAAGCCUCCUGUAAAUGAAGCUUCUGGAUUCUCUGUAUUCCUCUAACUGAUCAGUAGGUGGUGGAGAGCAUUCUUCUGAAGAUGUUGCUACAAGCACAUUUACAGCAACAUUUAUAAGGGAUAUUUCAAAGUCUGAAAAAAGCAGGAUUACAAAUAGCUAGAACAGGCAUCUUCCAGUUCUCCUUCACUAUUUCACUCUUCACCUUUACUAGAAAAAUGGUGAUCCAACAGGGAAGUGAUGAAUUGGCAACACUGGACAGAUUCUGCUGUUAUUACCAGCACAAUUCAGUGACAAUUCAGGAAUUAAACUGAAGGCAGAGUUUGAUCGUUUGUAUUAAUUUAGAAAUAUUCAAAGAAUUGCCAAAUUCCCAUUGAGAAUUAAUGUUUCAGUUUAUUAGAAGAGCAUUUUGCUUAGUAUAAAGCAGUUCCAUUUUAAAAACCAAGUUAUUGUCAGCAGAAACUAAAGUUUUGAUUGAAUCCUGUUUACAAAUGUUUUGGCAUUGGCUUAAUCUUAUCAGCAGAUCAGCUUUUGAUAUUACAAGUGCAGCACUUGCAACAGUAUUGAUUUUGAGAGUCUCUUAGAUGGUCUUUAAACUUCUGAAUCUGCACAUCUUCUCGACACAGAAAAAUGUUUCUACAGAAAGCUCAUAAGCAGCUUUUUUUUCUACUGUACUAUGUCUUACAUGUAAAAGUUCCUCUCAUAUCCAUAUGCAGUUUAUCUUGGUGUUGAGAAAAUUUCAACACAAAUAACUAAGAGUUUGAGUCUUUCUACCUAAAAGCCAUUGACUGUGAUAUUUUAAUCUCUUGUUAUUGGGACAAUGAAACAGGAUUAGUUGCCUGCAAUUGAAAUAACAGGGUUUGUGUCCUCAGAGAACCAAUAAAUUGAGUUACGUAAAAAAUUGAUUUCUGGUUUUAUUUCUAAUGCUGAGUGAUGAAUGAAGUAACAAGAACUUAUCAGAAAAAUUUGCUACUGUUUUCUUUGAUACACGUGAUUGUAAUACAAUAUACUUUUUAAGCACAGAAAUUAAACUUGUUAAAGUGAAAUAAUAUCUUAAUUGCCCACAAAA